AUGUCGCUACGCAAAGCUGCACUCGUGACUGCGGGGAGCGCCGGUCUGGGUGCCGCUAUCGCCCGUGUCCUCGCUCUGAACCUGGGCAUGAGCGUCACCGUCAACUAUGCGCACGAUGCAGGGCGCGCCGAGGCACUGGUGCGCGAGCUCCGGUCUGGCUGGCAAAAAAGCAGUCACGUGAGUGGAAAGGAAGGCCAACCGUCUGUACUGCCGCCGUCCUUUACUGCCAUCCAGGCCGACUUGUCGGACAAGUCCCAAGUGGCACGUCUCGUGCGCGAGGCGGCGGCAGCAGCCGGUGGUCGGCUCGACGUCGUCGUGUCCAAUGUCGGGUGGACGCGCAUGCGCAACUUUGCCGACCUCGACGACGGCGUGGACGAGGCCGACUGGGACCGCUGCUUUGCCGUCAACGUCAAGUCGCACCUCUGGCUCUUCCACGCAGCCCGCCCCUGGCUCGAGGAGAGCAACAGUCGUGAGGCUGGGUCGGCUGUGUUCGUCAGCACGGCCAGCGUGGCUGGCGUGAAGCCGAGUGGAAGCAGCCUGCCGUAUGCUGUCACCAAGGCAGCCCAGAUCCACCUGAUCAAGUCCCUGGCCACGAUCGCGGCCCCUACGAUCCGCGUCAACUCCGUCUCACCGGGCGUCCUGCUGACGGACUGGGGCCUCUCGUUUCCGGCCGAGCGGCUGGACGAGACCAAGCGACGAAACGCGCUGCAGCGGUUCGCCACCGUCGAGGAUGUGGCCGCUCAGGUGAAGCUGUACGUGACGUCCAAGUCGGUGACCGGACAGAACGCUGUGGUCGAUGCCGGGUAUACUCUAUCGUAA